GCUCCACCAAGUCCCAUCAGAGCUAGACACGGUCUCAAGCAGAGAACACUCAAAACUGCUCACCUCUCGAUAUUAGUUGCAUUUAACCGAUAUAUUUAGCAAACGCGAGUGAAUAAAGUAAAAGAAAAUCAGUGUAGUGUGCGAAAAGAUAUUUACCUACAUUUAAAAAAAAACAACAAAUUUUGCACAAAUCCUUGCAUUUCUUUAUUUUUCUAAAUUGAAUCUUUGUCAAAAGAAGCACCUUGUUUAAUUUUUAUUUCUCAUUGUGCGUCACGACAAUAAAUACUUCAUUAUACUGUGAUAAUAUUGUCUCAUCAAAUACAUAUUUUCAAGUACAACAAAAAAAUCUUCAAUAAUGUGGAGAUUCAUUUCUGUGACGAUCUUCAUCUUGGCAGCAUUUGCUCAAACAUCUGAGAAUCCACCAUACAUCAAACAAUGUAGCCGCUCUGAUCCUCAAUUGUUGGACUGCCUCCGAGAUGCACUUCACCAUUUGCGGCCCUAUUUGGCAACCGGCAUACCAGAAAUUGAGAUGCCUUCUGUAGAACCUUUCGUGAUGGACAACUUGGCACUCCAGCUCACAGGAGGACCUCAGGGUUACCGGGUGAACCUCAAGAACAUGGAAGUAUUCGGCGCCAGCAAUUUCACCGUUAAAUCCAUAAAGUUGAGCGAGAACAAUAAGCCGUUCGAGGCGAGAAUAGCGAUGCCCAAAUUAGUCAUCAAGGCGAAGUACUUCAGUUCCGGGGUGCUCAUCAUUAUUCCUGCCAGUGGGAGUGGGGACUUUGCAGGUGCCUUCGAUGGUGUUGUUGCUGAUGUACGAGGAACCGUGUCAACGGAGAAACGUCCAGAGGGAACAUUUAUGCGCGUUGAAACACUCGCUUUGGAGCUAUCCAUUAAGAAAGUCCGAUUGAAUGUUUCCAAGGUUUUCAACAACAACAGAAUAUUGACUGAAGCUACAAAUCUCUUCCUCCGGGAGAAUGGUCACGAGGUGGUGAAGGCGAUGCAACCGCAGCUACAAAAGAAGCUCUCAAUUGAAUUCAUGCGCAUCGCCAACCAGUUGCUCAAGCACGUGUCCAUAGAACAGUUCCUUCGUGAGUAAAUUCAUUUGGGCUCCGGUGUCGACAUGGGCACGUCCGCCUGAAUGCCUCUCGCAAUCAUCGCAAUUUCCAUUUCAAUGUGUCUCCGAAUGCGAAAUAUUUCUCAAAUUCACGCAAUUUUAAAGCUAUUUGUUUUUUUGUACUUUAAUUCUUUUAAGGUAUUAAGAUACUUUUCCAUUAGCAGGCACGAUCUAUGUUAGAUAUAAUUGAACAAUGUUUUUUUUAUGAAUAUAUGGUUGAUAAAUUGAGAAAA